GCCCUGCUGCUGCAUGGCUCGCUGCCUGAGGACGAGCAGGAUGUGUCCUUCAGUUUGGACCAAGGCAAUGCUGAGCAGCAACUGGUAGUCAUUCGCAGCCGUUUGGAUCAGAGCAUGGACGAGGCUCAGCAGCUGAAAAGGGAAGUGUUGCGCUGUAAGCAGGAAAUGAGAAACAUGCAGGCAGUCAAGGAUGCCCAGCAGCAGAGACUCUGCACUCAGGAGGCAUCGAUCCUGCAGAUGAAGCAAGAACUUCUCAGAGCCAGCAUGACCAAGGAUGAACUCAACAACCAGAAUGCUGAGCUACAGUGGAAGAUGGAGGAAUGCAACAGGCUGUGGGGUGAAUGCAAGAAGGAGGUAGGACAGAAGGACAGACUACUGCAGCAACUCAAACACAAGCUUGAAGAAAGUCAAAAAAAGCAGACAGAAAACAAUGGAUAUUCUUACUCUGGAAAUCCUGCUCCCUCCGUGUCAGAUGCAGAGGAGGUUCAGCUGCUCAGAGAUUCACUUCGGAGUUUGAGGAACAACUUCCGAGAUCACGACCCGCAGCACCACACUCUGGACACCCUGGAGCAGGGCAUCGUGUCACUCAUUGACAGACUGCAUGUUGUGCACACACACAGGGGAAGGGGGAAGUCUCCAAGACGGAAAGGCCAACUCACUGACUCUGAAACCUGGUCUUCCACGACUGUAUGUCACACCAAUAGUGGGUCUUCUGCCUCCACUAAAAUUCUUUAUUUUACUGGAAAAUCCCCAACACCUUCCAUGAUCAAUAUACCGAAAAGGCUGGGUGAGGUGACUUUAAAGGACGUAAAGGCAGCUGUGGAUCGAGAGGGAAACUACAGGUAUCACUUCAAGGCCCUGGACCCUGAGUUUGGCACUGUGAAAGAAGAGGUAUUUUUGGAUGGAGCAAUUAUUCCAGGCUGGGAAGGAAAAAUAGUGGCUUGGGUAGAAGAGGACCAUGGGGAAGAAAGUCAGGAGGAUCCAAGAGGCCCAUCCAGACAACUGUUCACCGGAGGCACCAGUGGACACUUCUAAGAGCCAACAUUAUUAGUGAAAUACUGUAUGAAUUUUCAACAAGCUGGUACGAAAUCACACUGAUAGCCUUAAACAAUCUUUAACUAGAAUAUCAUCAAACUCAGUGCCUUAGAAAAGCUGUUUCCAUCAUUUGCUUAUUAUUGCCAUGCUGUACUGUAGUAUCAAAACUGGAAAGUAGAUGGACAAUUUAUUUAAAUUGCCUUUUUCUAAACACGCAGUUGUUUUGUUUCUUCUCUAGUUAAGAGGUUUUUACUGUUAAGAGGAAAAAACAUGUUUAUUCUCAUGUUGAAGAGUUGCAUCACUUUUUAUUCUUGUGUAUUAAUAAGGUCUUUGGAACAACAAUGUAUGACUACAUUUCAAUCUUACUUGUGAAUGUAAAGUGAAAUUACAGUAUUAUCUACCAUAGCAUAAAAAUAGAGAAAACUUAUUUUGGGUGAGGAAAAAAUACCACUUUUAUAAUAGAAAGGUUACAAGCACCGAAAAAUUCAUGCAAACUUUGUACAAUUUCAUUUUGUUUUAGUAGUUCACAAGGUUUGGUGACAUUCUGACCUAAUGCGUACAAAUAAUCUGCCCAGAAACCAGCUUCUUCUACUAUUAAUACGUUUUGUAUUAACAUAUAAAUGUAUAUAUCUAAAUACAAAACCCUUUUAGGCAGGCCGCAGAUAACACAAAGGGUGACAGUCAUCUUGAGAAAAAAAUGUAGUUCAAAAAAAAAAACUCCUGAAUUGAUAUCAUCAGUUUCAGCAGAAAGGACCGUAGUUCUAAUCUGGGUUGAUGUAGACCGAAAGGCUUAAACUGAACUGCAUUUCGUGAAAAAUAAAGGAUGCUGGAACUUUUGUGUUUAUGUACAAAUACAGACGAACAGCACUGUUGUUUUGUUUACUUUAGGAAAUUGUUUUUGUACAUUUGUAUAAACUUAUUUUGUCCUUACAUUUUUUAAGUUUGUGAAUAUUCUUUGUUCAAAGAGAGAUUCCUGUGAGAUGUGAAUUUUACAUCAGAGAUUUAAAGGAGACUGCUUCAAAGGACCACCCACUAUUUAUGGUGUGUGUGUGUGUGCGUGCGUGUGUGUGUGUGUGUGUGUGUGUGUGUGAGAGAGAGAGUGAGAAAAGCGAUCAGGAUGGACCUUUGUCAUAUUUUCCUUCGUUCUGCUUUAUUUUCACGUUUGGGAUCAAUGUGUUUACCUUUACUAACAAGCCAACUGAAAUAUGCAUCGAUUUACUUUUGACCUGUUUUAAUGCCAUAACUGCCUGAACUGUAAUAUGUAUAAUUAGUUGGAGAGAUGGUUAUUCAGAAUUUGUUUACUGAAAUAUUUCACAAAAUGUUAAAACUGUCUGUUAAAAAUAAAAAGGACCUUUGUUGAAUGUUAGAAAAGACAGAUAUUUUCAAAUAAACCAAGUUUUGUUUUUAUAAAUAUGUUCCGUU